AUACCCCCCGGUUCCCCAAUCAUCGCGUGUGUGCCUCUCGAGCAGCCGAAGACGCCACUUGAGGGGCUCCGGAGACAGCCAGCGCCGUAAUGUGGAAAGAGCUGGUGACGGUGCUGGCGGCUGUCGGGGCGACUACCGCCUCGGUACUGAAAGACGUAGAUACUCGCCCUACCCGACAGAGCCCGAUAUAUUUGCUCCCUCAGCCUGCAGGAGGGAUCGGAAACCCAGGUUUUGGCUUUGGAGGUGGCGGACUUGAGCGAGGAGGAUUUAGAAGCCUCGGCGAUAGAGGUGGUGGAUCGGGAGGUGAUCGCGGAGAUUCCUCUGACAGCGAAGAGUCUUCGGAAGAUGGUGAUGGUUCAGAUAUUUCCUAUCCGCCUUUGAUGCCUUACCAAUUCGCCUUCGAGAUUAAAGAUGACGCGACCACUAACUACCAGAACCGCGUUGAAUAUGUGGAGGACGGCGUCCUGCAGGGUAGCUACAGUCUCCUGUCUGCCGAUGGAGUCGUCCGCACCGCUGUCUACUCUGAUGACGGCAAGACAGGUUUUAAGGUAACCGUCCACGAGAUCCCGACAGACAUCGUUGUAAUUGGAUCUGGAGUGGCAGGAGACCCGGGUGCUCCAAGAGGCUCUUCGAGAAAAGGAGUUUCCAGGGGCCAGAGUGGAGCACUCGCUGGAGGACUAGAAAAAGGUUCCUCCCGAAGCUCCUCUCAAGCUUUUGGAUUUGGUGGAGCCUCAUCAGCUGGAUUUGGAGGAGCCUCUUCAGUUGGAGCAGCUGGAUUUGGUGGAGCCUCUUCAACUGGAUUUGGAGGAGCCUCUUCAGCUGGAACAGCCGGAGUUGUUGGAGCCUCUUCAGCUGGAACAGCUGGAGCAGCUGGAUUUGGUGGAGCCUCUUCAAUUGGAGCAGCUGCAUUUGAUGGAGCCUCUUCAACCGGAACAGCAGGAGCAGUUGGAAUUGGUGGAGCCUCUUCAGCUGGAUCAGCUGGAUUUGGAGAAGCUUCCACAGCUGGAGCAGCCGGAGUUGGCGGAGCCUCUUCAACUGAACAGCUGGAUUUGGUGGAGCCUCUUCAGUUGGAACAGCUGGAUUUGGUGGAACCUCUUCACCUGGAGCAACUGCAUUUGGUGGAGCCUCUUCAGUAAGAACACUGGAUUUGGUGGAGCCUCUUCAGUUGGAACAGCUGGAUUUGGUGGAGCCUCUUCAGCUGGAGCAACUGGAUUUGGUGGAGCCUCUUCAGCUGGAACAGCUGGAUUUGGUGGAGCCUCUUCAGCUGGAACAGCUGGAUUUG